AUGCAGCCUCCAACUUUUCGGAGCAAAGCUUUCCAAGUGCCCUUCGCAUUGUGGAUACCGUUGCCAGUGCGUCUGUCAACGGUGGACUUCUUGGACUUGGAUUUAGACCUCUUGGAGUUGGGCGGCCAAGUGAGCUGGGCAGAACCGCUUGACCUUUCGAAGGUGCAGGACUAUGUGGUAUAUUUGGGCAACUCCAUCGACCGCUCACAGCUUGGGGUGGCGCAGAAUUCGCAGCUGGACAUUCGGGCUGAAACACCAACUGGCCGCUUCGAGUCGCUCUUGGUUUACACCAGGUCCAGUUUGGCCGAGCAGAGUUCGCCCUCAUCCUUGAUCUUCCAGGACAAUGAGGUCCUGCUGAACAUCUCGUUCUACGACCUCGAUCUCGACGAGGGUGACUUGGGUGGGCUGGCAAAUUGGUCCGGCACAUCAGAGGAAUUGGUGCUGGAAUAUGCUGUGUACUUGGCAGAGAUUUGCGAAGGGCAGGAGAGGAAUGACACAAGUGACACCAGUGAUGUGGCAACAUGGGAGAACAGCACGAGCCCUGACUUUUGCAACCUUCGUUACAUCGACACGGUGAACGCCAGCGAGCCAAGAGUCCAAAUUCCAGCGGAGACUCCGAAGAUGAACUCGACGCAUUUGGCAGUAUUUGCACGUUCAGCGCUGGUCGAACAACGAACGCCUUCGGCCUUGCUGUUCUUUGACGCCUCGGCUAGUGUCACACAGUUGAGCUUCGCAGAUUUGGAUUUGGAUGUUGGCCAACUUGGAGGAAGCAUCACCUGGCAAGCUGCUGACACAGCAGCUGCUCCACGCGUCCUGAGCUACGAUGUGUAUUUGGCUCCUGAUACAGCGGCAACACAACGAUCUCGCAUGGGAUCGCAGCCUGUGGGACAGGAAGCAUUGGUCGUGGAACCUGAAACUGACCUCUUUGAGUUCAGCUACAUUGUGGUUUUCACUCGAUCUGCACUCACAGAGCAGACAACUCCGGUGGGGUUGCAUGUCUCAGACACACAGGCCACCGUUGAAAAUGUGAGUUUCAUUGACCUGGACUUGGACUUCACUGAUGCUUGGGGCAAUUUGGAUUAG